AUGGACUGCCCAAAGCUACGAGAGCUACGGUCGGAACUGAAAAGAAAAGUUGGGGACGCGUUUGACAACGUGUCGAGUCUGCUGGGAGGCUCCAAAGAAGGUGAGAAAGGUAAACCAGAUAUCGUCUCAAGGGCGAAGACGGUCCAGGCUGUAUUGGACUUCGCCGAGGCGUCGCAGCGGUUUCGCAGUCGUGCGCCAUGA